AUGGACAGCAAGAUCAUAGCAACAGAAACCUCUCUUCUCCAACUCUAUUCCUCACUUUCUUCCUUCUGCAAUAUCCUCAUUCAUUCUCUUGGUUCCAUACUUUACUUCAUCAUACUUCUCUCCAUUUACACGCUAGGAGUUCUGUUUGCUGGAUGCUUUAUCACUUAUUUGAUCGAGAUCAUACUCUGGUUCCUUGUCAGAAGACCUGUUCGAUCUGCAAAAGAUUUGAUAAGUUUAAUGAGUCUGGACUGGGAUACAUGUUUUGCCUUGGGAAUUCUAGCAGUCGAUGCAGGAACCUCGAUUGUAGAUGCACUGGAAAAGCUUUUGGUAAGGGAAAGUUCUGUGCUUGAAAUACCAUCUAGUAGCUUGACAAGCCAGGCGAAGUUAAUUAUGGAUGCUAAGCAGAUAAGAUUUCAUGUUGGUGAAACAGCUUCCAGCGACACUGCCUGUGCAAUCUGCUUGGAUGAGUUCAUGGAUGGUAAUCUGUGUAGAGUUAUUCCUGUCUGUAAUCACAUCUUUCACUCGACUUGUGUCGAUCAGUGGUUGAAGAAUUGCCCAAGUUGCCCACUCUGUAGGCGGGUUAUGGGUUCAUGA